UGCACCAUGAGUGUCUCUGUGCUGAACCCCACCAGACCCCUGGGCGGUAUCUCUGGGCUCCUGCAAGUGGCCUCCCUGCUCGCCCUGGUUCUGCUGCUGCUCAAGGCAGCCCAGCUCUACCUGCACAGGCAGUGGCUGCUCAAAGCCGUCCAGGAGUUCCUGUGCCCUCCUUCCCACUGGCUCUACGGGCACAGCCAGGAGUUACAAGAGGACUAGGACUUACAAGAGCUUCUGAAAAGGGUAGAGAAAUUCCCACAUGCCUCUCCUCACUGGCUAUGCGGAAUAAAGGUCCAAGAACUGGUCUAUGACCCUGACUACAUGAAGGUGAUCCUGGGGAGAUCAGACCCAAAGUCUCACAGUCCUUACAUAUUCCUGGCUCCUUGGUUUGGAUAUGGUUUGCUCCUGUUGAACAGGCAGACAUGCUUCCAACACCAGCCGGUGCUGACCCCAGCCUUCCACUAUGACAUCCUGAAGCCCUACGUGGGGCUCAUGGCCAACUAUGUCCGAGUAAUGCUUGACAAAUGGGAGGAGCUCACUAGACAGGACUCACAUCUGGAGAUCUUUGGACAUGUCUCCUUGAGGACCCCGGACACCAUCAUGAAGUGCGCCUUCAGCCACCAGGGCAGCAUCCAGGCAGACAGGCACUCCCAGACCUAUAUCCAGGCCGUUGGGGACCUGAACAAUCUGGUUUUUUCCUGGGAGAGGAAUGCCUUCUACCAGAAUGACAUCAUCUACAGGCUGACCCCUGAUGGCCGUUGGAAGCACGGGGCCUGCCAGCUCGCCCAUCAACACACAGACCAAGUGAUCAAGCUGAGGAAGGCUCACCUGCAGAAGGAGGGAGAGCUGGAGAAGGUCAGGAGAAAGAGGCAUUUGGACAUCCUCCUCUUUGCCAGAAUGGAGAAUGGGAGCAGCUUGUCUGAUAAGGACCUCCGUGCAGAGGUGGAUACGUUCAUGUUUGAGGGCCAUGACACCACAGCCUGCAGCAUCUCUUGGAUCCUCUAUGCUCUGGCCACACACCCCAGGCAUCAGCAGAGGUGCCUGGAGGAGAUCCAGAGCCUCCUGGAGGAUGGCGCUUCCAUCACCUGGGACCACCUGGACCAGAUGCCCUACACCACCAUGUGCAUCAAGGAGACACUGCGACUCUAUCCAUCAGUACCAGGCAUCUGCAGAGAGCUCAACAAGCCCGUCACCUUCCCUGACGGAGGCUCCUUACCCAGAGGAAUCAUGAUUGUGCUCUCCUUUUAUGCCCUUCACCACAGCCCAAAGGUGUGGCCGAACCCAGAGGUGUUUGAUCCUUCCCUGUUUGCACUGAGUUCUACUUGACACAGCCACGCUUUCCUGCCCUUCUCAGGAGGAUCAAGGAACUGCAUCGGGAAGCAGUUUGCCAUGAACGAGCUGAAGGUGGCCGUGGCCCUGACACUGCUCCGCUUUGACCUGGCGCCGGACCCCUCCAGGGUCCCUGCUCCCAUUCCAAGAAUUGUGUUGAAGUCCAAGAGUGGGAUCCACCUGCAUCUCAGGAAGCUCCUCUAACCCUUCUUGGGGACAAGAACAGGCUCUGAGGGGCCCCUGCAGGCAUCCUGUUUCCCUGUCACUCUCUCCUGUCCCCUGCCUGUCUGCCCACUUCCUGUAUCCUAUCUUCC